AUGACGAAUUCUAAUGAUACGGACGAAUCAGCUGCUUUAAGGAGCAGACUAGAGCUUAUCAAGGCAAAGGUAGAACGUAUAAGGGACUACGUUGACUCCUUUGCAGAUCAUGAUGACAUUGAACAAUUAGUUCUUAGGAAAGCAAGCCUAGAACAAAGCCUCCCAAAAUUUGAGGAGAUUUAUUAUCAGUUAACGCGCUUGAAGGCCGCGGAUGAGACGGAAGCUGAACAAUUCGAAUGUGGUUACUUUGACCUUGUAGCAAAAAUUAAUAAAUUUUUAAAUAAGCGUAAUACAGUAACGCCGGUACAAGCGGGUACCAAAAACAAUGUUAACUUGCCAAGUCUGAAAUUGCCCACCUUUAGCGGCGCGUAUCAUGAAUGGUUGUCAUUCUACGAUUCCUUUACGAAUUUAGUGCAUAAGGACGAACGCUUGACAGAUUGUCAGAAAUUCUAUUAUUUAAAGGCAUGCUUAACAGGUGAAGCGCUUCGAGCUGUAGAAUCUUUGGCGGUAUCAAAUGCUAAUUAUCAGUCAGCCUAUACAAUUUUAGAAAGCCGGUUUAAAAAUGAACGAUUGAUUGUCCAGGACCAUGUCUACUCAAUUCUUAAUUUCGCACCCAUCACUAAAUCAUCAGACACAAGUUUAAGACAGUUGCUGGAUAACUUAACCAUCAAUUUAGAAGCUCUAAAAUCACUACAGGUCCCAGUGGCCCAAUGGGAUGAUAUUCUCGUUCCCAUCAUUAACACUAAAUUAGAUUAUACCACCAAAAAGGAAUGGGAAACAACCCAAGGUAAGGAGCGUAGCAAACUAGACGACCUUAAAUUAUUUUUGGAAAAACGAUGCCAGUUUAUAGAAUCUAUUAACGCGGCUCAAAAGGUCAAUCAAAAUGCUGGCAUGAAUAAAAUUUCUUAUAACUAUAAAAAUCGAUCAGCGGUGCAUAUUGCAACCCCAGCAAGUAAAUCUGUGUGUUACCUCUGUAAGAAAUUUCAUUUAUUAUUUCAGUGUGCCGAAUUUAAUGCGUUAUCAGUAAACGAGAGAAAAAAUUUUGUGAAAAACAACAAACUUUGCUUUAAUUGUUUACGACCCGGGCACCAACUUAGUUCUUGUAAAUCGACUGGUAUUUGCAAAGAGUGCAAAAAUAAGCACCAUUCUUUAUUACAUAGUACGGAACAAGUUGUUACAGAAUUAGUACUACCAUCGUCGUCAACAGCGCAUGUUUCGCAAGGUAAUAAUGUUACCAGUAUGAUUUUAUUAUCAACAGCUGUAGUCUUGGUUGAAGACAAAUUUCAUAAAUUGCACGAGUGUCGUGCUCUGCUAGACGUUGGAUCACAAUCUAAUUUUAUAACUGAAAAUAUGUUCAAAAAAUUAGGUUUAGAUUUCGAGGGAACUAAACUGAGUAUUGUAGGUAUUAACGGUAGUACAAGUUGUUCCUCUAAAGUCACAAACAUCGCGUUGCACUCUCUUUAUAAAUCUUUUUCGCAGAAAAUUAAGUGCUUUGUUAUUCCACACAUAACAACAGAAUUACCCGCCCGGUCAUUCGAUUUAUCUCACAUCUCAAUACCUAGUAACAUUCAAUUGGCUGACCCAGAGUUUUAUAACAAAGGCUCCAUAGAUUUAUUAAUUGGCGCGGAUAUCUUUUGGAAAAUACUUAUGCCUGGGCAAAUAACCCAAACACAAAAUCGGCCUCAUUUCCAAGAGACAUAUUUAGGGUACGUCGCGGGGGGUGUCAUAAAUCCGAGCUCCUCGUCCUCAACAGUGUGUAAUUUAACAAGAAUUUCUUUAGAGACACAAUUGCAACGGUUUUGGGAAAUUGAAGAAGUGAGCAGUAAUUCGGUCAUAUCAAGGGCAGAUGUUGCCUGUGAGCAACACUUUCAAGAAACUUUUCGUAAAAAAGAGGAUGGCCGGUUUAUUGUGUCUCUCCCCUUCAAGGAUAAGGUUGUAAAUUUAGGUAGUUCAUAUGACAUUGCGUUGAGACGAUUUUACAACCUCGAAAACAAAUUACAGAGACAACCGCAGUUGAAGGAAGAUUAUUGCAGAUUCUUAAACGAAUAUGAAUCACUUGAACAUAUGGAAUCAGUGCCUGCUGAGACCAUUACUAACCCCAAUUCUUGUUAUCUACCCCACCAUGCAGUUGUAAAACAAUCAGCCCUGACCACGAAAUUGCGUGUAGUUUUUGACGCGUCAUGCAAAACAUCGAAUAAUUUGAGUCUAAACGACAAUCUAAUGAGUGGCCCUAAUCUACAACAGGAAUUAUUUUGUAUUUUAACUCGAUUCCGAACAUACAAAUAUGUAAUUAGUGGUGAUAUUGAGAAAAUGUACCGGCAAAUAUUAGUAAACGAGAACGACGCUAACUAUCAAUUAAUUCUAUGGAGAAAAACUAAAAAUGAGUCAAUCAGAACAUAUAAACUAAAAACUGUUACAUAUGGUACUGCUUCAGCGCCAUAUCUUGCAAUGCGGUGUUUGAAACAAUUAGCCUGGGAAAACCAAGACAAAUAUCCACUUGCUUCAUUUCAUAUUUUAAAUAAUUUUUUCAUGGACGAUUUGCUUUGUGGCCACAAUUCAAUUAUUCAAGCAGUCAAUUUACAAAAAGAAAUUAUACAGAUUUUAAGACAAGGGCAAUUUCGGUUGUACAAGUGGGCAUCAAAUGAUUCGGCCUUAAUUCCCGAAAAUUGUAGUCAGCUACAUAACAUUGUACAAUUUAAUAAGGACACAAAAACGUUAGGUUUGAUUUGGAAUACAGAGGAAGACAAACUUAAAUAUUGCGUUAAGGCGGACUCCCCGCAAGGUAAACUAACUAAACGCAAUAUUUUAUCCAUAAUAGCUCAAAUUUUUGAUCCGCUGGGAUUAAUAUCACCUGUUGUAGUUAAGGCUAAGGUUAUCAUGCAACAGUUAUGGUCAAGUCAAUUAGAUUGGGAUGAACGUGUAUCUCAAGAAAUUGAGGUAAAGUGGUGUAAUUUUAUCCAGGAAUUAGCUUUAUUAAGUACGAUCGCCAUUCCCAGGAAUGUAAUAAUUAAUCACGAUAGUCCUGCUAUUGAAGUGCAUGGAUUCUCAGAUGCGAGUUUGCAGGCAUAUGGAGCAACAAUUUAUAUUAGAUCACCCGGCAUAAAUGGGAAUUAUAAUGUACAGUUACUGUGCGCAAAAAGUAGGGUAGCUCCACUGAAAACGCUUUCAUUACCGAGACUUGAAUUGCUAGGUGCGUUGUUAUUGUCCAGACUUAUCAGUAAAAUUUGUUCUUCUUUGAAUAUGACCAUAAAUAAAUGCACUCUGUGGACCGACUCAACCAUCGUUCUAAGCUGGUUAUCGGCUCCCGCGCAUACCUGGCAAACCUUUGUUGCCAACAGAGUUUCGGAAAUUCAAUCAAACACCCUCAACUGUACCUGGAACCACAUUAACACAAAUGAUAAUCCAGCGGACAUUAUCACCAGAGGCCGAUCACCUGAACAGCUUAAUAACUCGAGUCUCUGGUGGAAUGGACCCAGUUUUUUAAAUAAAGACGAAUCUGUCUGGCCUAUACCCAAACAACAAUUUUCGAAUGAUGUUCCAGAAAAACGUGUAGUGAAUUUAGUUACUACUGUUAAAUCUAGAGUUAUACUUAAGGAGUGCUCGUCACUCAACAAAUUAGUAGCCGCAAUUGGUUGGUGUUUGCGUUACAUCCACAAUUUGAAGAAUACUAACGAUAAACGUACUGAAAGUAAUCUAAGUAUUUCCGAAUUAAGGCAAGCAAACAACUUCAUUUUGAAGCAAGUUCAAAAUGAAGGUUUUACGGAAGAAUUCAAGCAUUUACAAAAGGGAACGCCCUUGCCCCGUAGAAGUAAACUAAUUUCAUUAGAUCCCUUUAUCGAUUCAAACGGGUUGUUGAGGGUGGGGGGCAGACUAAAAAAUUCGGCAUUAGAUUAUGCGGUUUCACCAAGGGUAGUAACUCCAAAAAUGGGCGAUUUGCCAACACAACGCCUUGAACCGCUUCGCCCCUUUCUGAGAUCUGGUAUAGACUAUACUGGACCUGUUUUAAUUAAAACAGGCCCUAAGAGAAGUACAAGAACAUCAAAGGCUUAUAUUGCGCUUUUUAUAUGUUUCACCACGAAGGCUAUUCAUAUCGAAUUGGUCAGCGACCUAUCAUCCGAGGCUUUCUUAGCCGCUCUUAAUCGCUUCAUCUCAAGACGAGGCAAUGUUUUAGACUUAUUUUCCGAUAAUGGUACCAAUUUUAUCGGAGCAAACAGAUAUUUGAAGGAGCUAGGUCAGUUUUUAAAGUCAAAUACCUUUUACGAAAACGUUGUAAAACAAUUGCGGCUGAAAAAUACCCAAUGGCAUUUUAUUCCUCCCCGAAGCCCACAUAUGGGAGGCUUAUGGGAGGCUGGUGUAAAAACACUCAAAGGUCAUUUAAGGAGAGUUUGCGGCAAUUCGUCUCUGACCUUUGAGGAACUCUACACAUUGUUAACACGCAUUGAAGCAUGCGUCAAUUCGCGUCCGCUAAGCCCUUUGUCCAACGACCCCAAAGAUUUUAUUCCCCUGACUCCCGGACAUUUUUUGAUCGGUGAACCACUCACGGCACCCAUCGAACGAGACCUACAAGCCAUAAAGAUCCCGCGGCUAACCCGGUGGCAGCGAUUAGAACAGUUGCGUCAACACUUUUGGUCACGUUGGUCGCGCGAAUAUUUAACCCAUCUGCAGCAACGCUCCAAGUGGCUUCGUCCGACCCCUCCGGUGAAGGUUGGGUCCAUGGCUCUCUUAGUUGAAGACAACUUACCUCCCUUAUGUUGGAAGUUGGGUAGAAUCGUCGAGGUGCAUCCAGGACGGGAUGGGGUUGUGAGGGUGCCAGAAGCCUUCAACGGGGGCGGCAUGUUCGGGCGUGAAAUUGUAAGGCGCGCAAGCGCCAAAUAA